AUGGAUAGAUUUCUCACAAAGCCGAAAAAUGGUGAACCAAGUUCUAGUGCUAGUUGGCCAUCCAUGAGUUCACAAAUCGCUCAGGAAGUUCAAAGAGAGACAAAUCCUUCUCUACUUUCAAAUGUGGACAAAGUGCUUGAUUUGAAAUCUUUUGAACCGGAUCCCAAAGAAAGAAUGCCAAUUUCGGAUUACGGUCCUAAUAUUCGAGAUGAAGUAAGGAGAUAUUAUAUAAACAAAAGGCCUUGUCAACCGAUUGGUCAUGCCUUUCCUAAAACUAAGAUUGGGAGUAAAAUGCGUCAAUUUAGUCCCACUUGGUUUAAGGGACCAUAUUCUCAAUGGUUGGAGUAUAGCAUAAAAGCAGAUGCGGCAUUUUGUUUGUAUUGUUAUUUAUUCAAGAAUGAACUUGAAAGUCGUGGAAAUGCAGGGGAUGCAUUUACAAAAGAUGGUUUUAGGGGUUGGAACAAGG